AUGGAGACGGGCACGGGCGGGUGCCGCAUGAGCGGGGCGGAGCCGGCGGCCAUGAUCACGCUGGAGGAGCUGGGCGGGCUGGCGGAGGAGAGCCCGGACUCCGCGUACCACAGCAACGGCAGCAGCCUGGAAGAGGAAGCCGAACGCAUGGAGGAUGAGGAGCAGGAGCGGCUGCUGAGCUACUGGCAGAACGUGGGCAGAGGGCACCAGGUGGACGUGCCCCGGGACAUGGCAGAGCCCAUCCAGCAGCUGACUAGGAACAACAGUCCCCAGGAGAGACAGACCAUCCCCUUCACUCUGAUCCAGCGCAAAGAAAAGCUGGGAGAUCUGCUGUACGAGAAGCGGCAGUACGGGAAAGCCAAGUGGGCUUGCAUAAAGAUGAAGGAGAAGCAGUAUGAGCAGAGUAUCUGCCUAGGCUUCAUGAAGCUCAUGAGGUACAUUUGUGAGCAGAACUCCUCAGGCCUGUACUUGGGAAUCACCAUCCCCAUUGUGACCAUCGUGCACACAAAUGAGUCUCAGUCAGAGAUGACACAGUCAGUGACAGUAGCCUACUACCUACCUGAAGUGCUGCAGGAUGAGCCACCUCAUCCUUUUGACUCAGACAUCAUCAUUGAAGAAUGGCCUUCUACCAUUGUUUAUAGCAGGAGCUUCAGAGGCAUCACCAAUGAAGACUCUAUCAUGAGAGAAAUAAACCUGCUGGCAGCCAUCCUGGAGAGCCCCGAGCUGUGUCUGCAGGACACGUUCAUCAUCGCAGGGUACACGAACCCAGCCGCCGCCAACCGACACAACGAGAUCUGGUUCCUGCAGAGACCAUGACCUCCUGCUCCUGCUGCUUGGCAGCCACACCAACCAGCUCUGCUUUGCUGGCACUCUCACAGGUGAAUCACAUGAGUCUACAUGUCCAACCCUCCAAGAUGUUAGCAGUGUGGCUCUGAGCCAGGAGGUGGCUCCAAGUUAAGUGUCUCACAGAGGUAACAGCUCACCCAUACAGGUUCCUACGGUGACUUUGACAGGUUGUACAGAGUUUGUAUGGAGAUUUUUAGCACUUUAGGGCUUAGGUCGCAUUUUGGUUUGUUUUUACAAGAUAAGGGAGACAGAAACCUCUCUCCUCAUCCACUUCUUAGCAUCUCUAGACUGCUUGGAGCUGGGCGAAGUGGUAGGGGUGAUCCUGCAGCCUCUGGCCUGACCUGUUCCGGGCACCCAGUGCUGCCCCAGGGACAGAAAGACCCGGUUGGGGCAUUCAGUAGGACACAGACAUUGAAACCACCUCACACAUGCAGGCUAGGCUUUAAAAAAUGAAUAGUCAGGUCUUCAUUUGUGAGGAGAACUACCAGAUUUAGUCCACUGGGAUUAACCCAAGGAGCAAGAGCAGGCCAGUGCUGACUGCUUUUAAUGCCCAUCUGUGGAGCAGAGAUUCUUCAUGCUUACCUCAAAAAGCAUUCAACCAAAGUUCUUCUCACCUGCUUGCUUGGUCUCUUCUCGUGAGCAGUCCUAAUACCCAUUGAAAUGUUGAUAGCAGAAGACACAGGUCACCUUAACCACACUGACAGCAAUCCCAUCACUAAACUGGGCAUUCCUAAGCAGAAAGUGGCUGCUCUCAACCAUUCAGCUUUCUGAACUUUCUUCUCACAGCUUUGCCAGAUGUCAAAAGCUGCAGCUGAAGUAAUUUGUUAGGACUUUUUAGACCCUUCUGGUAGUACCACACUAUUAAUGUCAUGAUACAAAUCUUUCACUGAAACAGAGAAAAAGAAACACAACAAAUCAGCUAGAAGUGACCUGAGCCGGCCACUCAAGGCCUACCACAGUUGUGUUUUGAGCAUCUCCAGGGAUGAGGAGCCCAUAACCCC